UGCAGCGAGAGGUCUUGGAGCAGCUGCAGGUCUUGGCUGAAGCCCUCCUGUUGUCCAGGGAGAGGCUGGAGUGAGGCAGAAGAGCGGUUGCCGAUUGGCUGUCGGAGAGCUGGCGGGCGCGUGCCCCGGAAGCGGAAGCGGCCUGGGGCGGCCAUGGCGCGGGAGAAGCCGGAGGCGGCGGCCGAGGCGGAGGCGACGCCGGAGCUCUCGUACCGGGAGCAGCUCGAUUUCCUGAACCCCAUCGCGCAGCCGCUCGCGUCCCGCAAGCUCACCCGAAAGCUGCUCAAGUGCAUCAGGAAAGCGACCAAGCACAAGCAGCUCCGCCGCGGUGUGAAGGAGGUGCAGAAGUUCAUCAACAAGGGCGAGAGGGGGAUCACGGUGCUGGCCGGAGACACGCUGCCCAUCGAUGUCUACUGCCACAUCCCCAUCAUGUGCGAGGAUAGGAGCCUCCCGUACGCAUACGUCCCUUCCAAAACGGACCUGGGAGCUGCCGCCGGCUCCAAGCGCCCGACCUGUGUCAUCAUGAUCAAGCCCCACGAGGAGUACCAGGAGGCCUACGACGAGUGCCUGGAGGAGGUGUCGGCCCUUCCCCUGCCGCUGUGAAGAGCCGGGGCCGGGCUGUGCCCUGCGGGCCGUGCCGGGUCCCUGUGCCCGGGGGCCACACGGCUGUUUCUGGGCACUCUGCCGAGGGGACUGAUGGGGGGAUGCUGAGCACUGUGGGGUGAAUAAAGGUGUCCGCGGGCUUGUACAAA